CCUCCCACCACCACCAUGGCCUCCGCCGCACCCUCCCGCUCCCGCUCCUCCUCCUCCGCCGACCAAGACGAGGAGGGCACCGACAGCGACGCCUCCAACGACUCCCCCCCACCCGCUGCCCAGCAGGCCCCGCCCCCACCGUUCCCCGACAGCUCGGCCCCGCCUCCUCCAGCCCCCGCCUUCACCGACCCAGCCGGCGCCGGUGCAGCUCCGCCGCCUCCGCCGCAGGGGGCGAGUGCGGCGGAGGACUCGCGGCGGCUGUUCCAGCGGCUGUGGACGGACGAGGAGGAGCUGCUCAUCCUGCGCGGGUUCCUCGAGUUCACGUCGCGCCGGGGCACCGCCUUCGCGUCGCACCAGUACGACACGGGGCCCUUCUACGAGGAGAUCCGCCGCAAGCUCUCCUUCGACUUCUCCAAGAACCAGCUCAUCGAGAAGCUGCGCCGCCUCAAGAAGAAG